UAAAAAAUAUAUAAAAAUCCCAACUUUUUAUUAGAAGAAAUCAACUCAAGUUGAUGCUUCCCGGCGAUCUCGCCUAGCGUGUCAAAGGACGGGAGAGCAGAUCGGCGAAGGAGGGAAAGAUGGGGAAGGCUUGGAUUCGGAUAGCUGUGGCGGUGAGCGCGUUGGCGAUGAUGGCGGGAGCGGGCCGGCGAUACGGUCUCAACGCGGAGACGGCGCUCGAACCGUUCCGGCGGCUGUCUGAGAAGCUCGGGAUGUGGACCAUUCCGGUGUAUGUGGCCGCCCAUACCAUCACCCUGGCCCUUUGCCUGCCUUACGCCGUCUUUUUCGAGGCCGGUGCUUCCCUGCUCUUCGGGUUCUUCCCUGCUGUGCUCUGCGUCUUCUUUGCAAAGGUCCUCGGCGCUUCCCUAUCCUUCUGGAUCGGACGGGCAAUUUUUAGGAGUUCAAAAUUGGCAAAGGAAUGGGUGCAUCGCAACAGAUACUUCCGGCUCCUUGCCAAAGGAGUCGAACGUGAUGGUUGGAGAUUUGUUCUUCUUGCUCGUUUCUCUCCCCUGCCUUCUUAUGUCAUCAAUUAUGGUUUGGCUGCCACAAACGUGAAGUUCCUUGUUGAUUUCCUUCUUCCUACUGUUAUCGGUUGUUUGCCAAUGAUUCUGCAAAACACAUCUCUCGGCAGUCUUGCUGGGGCAGCUGUAGCCUCAACAACAGCUUCCAAGAAGUCCCAACUGUACUCGUACAUUUUUCCUUCACUUGGAAUUGCUUCCAGUGUUCUCAUAUCCUGGAAGAUAAAGACGUACUCUUCUGCAUUUGCCGAAGAAUUUAAGCAGCCUGUUUCUGCAAAGCGCUCCCUUGUAGAUGAUGAUUCUGCUCAGUGAUCAUCCAAUGAGAAGAUUGCUGAAAAAACAACACAGUAGAACAAAUGAAUUAGUUUCAGAUUGCGCGUGAAGUUCUCUCUAACCAUUUGUAGAGCCAUUCAUAUUUAAUCCUAUUCAGAUUUGGACUAAGCAAUGAAAUUAGUUUCAUGCGUGUGAAGUUUUCUCUAAGCAUUCAUAAUAUUCAAUGCCAUAUUUUGUGA